GCUACAAAGGUAUUAGCACACGCCCACGCCCGCGGCAAACAAGUGGGCGGGUUUAGGCCUUUCAAAGGGGUCAGGGGGCACCGCUCCCCCGGGGUGCCCACCAUGCCACGCCCCACCAGGGAGAGUUACGGUGAUCAGAAGCCGCCGUACUCGUACAUCUCCCUCACCGCCAUGGCCAUCUGGAACAGCCCGGAGAAGAUGUGUACACUGGCGGAGAUCUACAAGUUUAUUAUGGACAACUUCCCCUACUACCGCAAGAACACUCAACGCUGGCAGAACUCUCUGCGUCACAACCUCUCCUUCAACGACUGCUUUAUCAAGAUCCCUCGUCGCCCUGAUAGACCCGGCAAGGGCGCCUACUGGACCCUACACCCGUCCGCCAUGAACAUGUUUGAGAACGGUAGCUUCUUGCGCCGCAGGAAGAGGUUCAAGAUACCCAGGGAUGAGAAGGAUGCUAUGGAGGCCGGCCUGGCGAGUAUAACCUCCCACCAGCCCUCCGUGGAGGACCACCUCGCACUCCAGCCUAGGUUACAGCCGGUUCAGCCGCCCCUACACCUCCUCCCGCCACCCUGUCUCGCCCGCCUGCCGCCCCCGAUCAUCUACCCUCCGCCCAUUAUCUACCCUGCGGCGUGGGGAACCACCCCGCCCUUCCUGCAUACACUCACCUACUUGCCGCCGCCGCCACUGCCGCUGCCGCAACCACUGGCCCCACGACCCAUCAAGCCCACGCCCGUUCUCGCACGCCCACCGCCCCUUCCCCUGGAUGUGGUCCCUACGGGUGUGACGUAAAGCCCCUGGUUCGGUGCUACUUCCAACCCACACCAUCCUUCAGGGAUCCCCAGAACAGCUCUAAAUAGGGAGCCCUCGAGUACUCCUGGAUAGGGAGUACUGGGGUGCUGGAUAGAGCUAGCCCUGGAGUACUCCUGGAUAAGGAGCCCUGGAGCACUCCUGGAUGUACUGUUGGAUAGGGAGCCCUGGAGUACUGGAGAAAGAGCUCUUGACUACUGGAAAGGAAUCCCAGGAGUAUUGAAUAGGUAGUCAUGGAGUACAAGAUAGAGAACCCUUGAGUACUGGAUAGAAAGCCCUUACAUACUCCUGGUAAGGGAGCCCUGCAGCAGCCCUGGAUAGUGAUCACAGUAUAAACACUGUGAGAGACCCUGGUAACUAGUGAUGUUGUUGACGUGUUUUUAAUCAUGUGUGAACCUGUGUGUAGGAGUGUGUGAACCCGUGUGGGGGUGUGAACCCAUUUGUUGGGGAUGUGAAGCAGUGUGUGGGGGAUGCAGACCAGUUUAUUGGGGAUUGUUAGUGGUGUGGUGUGGCUAUUGUACCCUGAAGCCUUGCUCUUAGUGUCUCCUCUCCUCCCCAACACUGAGGCCAUGUCCCCAACCACCCUAUUCCCCACAUUAUGAAUCUCGCACGUCACUUUCUACAUAAAUAGACAGGCGCUGUAAUCCUCUGAGUAUCUGAUUGUAAUUCAUUAAAUUCAUCUCAUACUCCGGGAUAUCUUAAUCGAAGUAUUUCUCUGUUCAGUCCAAGUUCAAGAUAGAGAUAAGCAUAUUGCAAGAGUGCGUGAAAAAAAUAAUAAAGUUUUGUACUUAACCGUGUACGUGUGUGUGUGUGUUUGUGGGUAUUGAGCAUAAUUGGAACGUCUUACCGCUUGACCUAGCCAGGAGAAACGAAUGAGCUAUGCUUACGUUCCUUAUGACUGAUCUACAAGACAAACUCCACACACACACACAUCUGGUCAACCUUAGAAUUGCGCUGCACAACCGCCAGAUACUCCUUCAGAUCGAUCUCCAGGUAAUAAGAGAGUCUAGGUGACAACAGGGUGAGCACAUUACCCAUCGGGACUCCGGAUACUCCAGAUCAAUCUCCGACGAAUGGAAAAGAAUUACCUCGGGUGAUUGUUCCCGUGUUCAUUGACUUAAGCUGCCGUGAACAGAAACUAAGUGUAAUAACUGACAGGGGUAUUGUAGGAACGAGUAUUUCUAGACCCUGCCAGACAAAUCGCCGUGACCAGAAGCUUCGUGUCAUGGUCGACAGGGUAUUUUAGGAAUGAGUGCUUCUUGGUCCUGUUAGUCCUGCUAGACAAACUGCUGUAAACAAAAAAAGCUUUGUUCAUCGUUCAGCGAAGAAAGGUUUCAACGAGUGUUGAUGGCUCUUCCUUGACUGUGCUUAGAACAUUGCAAUGAAGAGAAAAUCCGUGUCAUGAUAGCUAUAUUUUAAUAGCUUGAGGGCCACAGAAACUCAUUUGACUCCUUGUAAAGCACCGACUCAGACACCCAUACGGUGAGGUUGAUAGCUAACUGCUUGAUAAUGCCUUUUAACACGCAGUAGCAUUCACAGUGUGUGUGUGUGUGUGUGUGUGUGUGUGUGUGUGUGUGUGUGUGUGUGUGUGUGUGUGUGUGUGUGUGUGUGUGUUUGUGUAUUGUAUUGAUCAUCCAGCGCAGCUAGUGGCGGAGGCUCGAUCCUCCGUUCUCUGAUCUCAGCCUGGCCCCUGAUUAGCCAUCUUUCUCUUCGACUACUUGAGGUCGUUGGCACUGAUCUUUGAUCAGACUGGAUGCUAUCAGAAAAGAAUACAAUCAUCUUUAAAUUACGAAGCAAAGCAAACUCUCAGCAUACAUACACACCUGAGACACAUGUCUCUCAGUGUAUAUACAAUGAGAGACAUACACAUCUCUCAGUGUAUAGAGAACUAUCAUAGGCAGUUUUCCAGACUACUUUCAGGUACUCUCUUGUGGAGCAGAAUCCUCUGAUCAA